CUUAUGGCCACACUGCUUGAAGUUUUGAGCAUUGCGAGCUUAGAAGUUGAUUAAUUUGGACGUUUUUUCUUCACAAUUUUUCCCAUCAAAAAUGGCAAGCCAAUCUACUUCGUUUUGGCCCAACCUAAUGAAUCUGGUUAACAUUUCAAACCUCGUACAAAGUGAUCCCAAUAAUGACUUAAAUGACUUGAAAGUUCUUCUAAAAAGCCAAUUCCCUGGAAAUGCGGUGCAAGUGUUUCUUUUUGGAUCACGCUUUUUAGGCGUGGGUAAUGAGAAGUCAGAUUUUGAUGUUUGUGUUAAAAUUGAUAAUGGUUUCAUCGAGCGGAAUAUUAUGCGCAUAAAAUAUGCCAUUAAAUCAGAUGCGAACUGGAAAUUUUUGGAAAUGCUAGAUGGUAAAUGCCAUGUUAUUCGGGCUGUGAGUGUUCCGAUGAACUUACAAUACGAUAUAAAUUGUAGCGGCGAUCUUUCUUAUUGUAAGAAUAAACUGGUGAAGUAUAUAUUUGACUUGCAACCCAUAGCUCGUUAUAUGGUUAUUUAUUUGAGAGAUUGGACAAAUAAACACAAUCUAAGCGGAAGCUUCCGAAGCCACAUAAUUGUCAAAAUGGUCAUCUAUUUCUUACAAGUAGCAAAAUUCCUACCAGGAAUUCAACAUUUUCUCAAAAAUCAAUUGAUCACAAGCGAAGAUUGUGAUGUCGAUUUCAUUGAGUUGAAUUAUCAUCCUUUAAUAUGAGCAAAAUCAUAGUUAAUGAGACCGAAACACGAGAAAUAUUAAUAAAAUUUUUUCAAUACUACUCAAACUUUUCAUUUUCGUAUUACACUAUUUGCCCUUAUUUGGGAUUGGAAGUAUCGACCUCGUCGCUUUCUACAAAAAUGCCCAAGAGUUUUACCAAUCCAUAUUUUUACCGAGAUGCCAUUGUUGCUCAAGACAUGUUUUACUUGAACUGUAAUAAAGCAAAACCUAUAAAACCAUGUUCUGUUGAGCACUUCAAGGCGGCGUGCCGAAAGAGUGUUGUAUAAAGUCCAACAUUUCACUUGAAAAUUAAUCUAUUCUCAUAAUGUUACAAAUUUAAUUAAUGAAGUAAAUAACUGAAAUAAAAUA